CAUUGCAAAAAUUCUCGUAGACAUCGACACAUAGAUUAUUGCAAAUAUAGAAAUCAACCUAAAAAACUACGAUCCAGUUUGGAGUCUAGGAUAUAUAAAAAUCAUUUUGAAGAUGAAGAAGUUGGUGUUAGACAUGUUCAUGAUAUUGCGUUUAAGCCACAUCCUGAGUUACCUAAAGACUUUUUAUCACAUGAACAAUUUUGGGCUCGAACUGGAUUUGAGGAUCCAUAUACUGCCUUGGAACAAGAAGAUUUUGCAAAAUGUGACCAUGAAUGCCCUGAUGAAAUUCAUCAAAUAUCAAUCGAUGGUUUACCACCAGAAAAAUCUUAUUGCGAUUUGCAAUUGUUUCAUGAUCCUAUCAAUAUUUUACCUAUUGGAAAAAACGGAUAUUUAUCUAAUGACGGACAUGUAUUUCUAUGCCGAGAUCCUAGGGUUGCAGCUUUUCAUGUUAUUUUUGUAUUGGAUCGAUCAUCAUCUAUGAGUAGCUGUGAUCAUCCACCAACAUUGGAUUCACGAUUCGGAAGAUCAUUACAAGAAAAUUUCAAUAAUCGACUUGGUGCAGCGUUACAGGCAACGGAUCAAUUCAUUAAGACUCGGAUUUCUUCUACACAGAACAAAAAUAAAUGCACAACAAUUGUUAAUGAUAUUGUAUCUGUUAUACUUUUUGAUCGCUAUUCCGAAGUUCUAUUUGAAAAUAAAAGUAUAUUUGAUACUGAUUUUAUUCAAAAUAAAUUGAUUGAGAAAGGAACUGGAAAAGGGACACAUUUUGACAGAGCAAUUAAAAAAACUGGACAAGUUAUUGAUAAAUAUUUUGAUAUAUCUAGAUUAAAUGUUGUGAUGUUUCUUUCUGAUGGAGAAGACAAGUUUCCAGAAAAUGAAUUGGUGGAUAUUUGCCAGAAAAAUAAAGAUAAAGGAUCCCCAAUAUUUUUUAACACCAUACAUUUUGGUCAUUCACUUUUUGGAGCCGGAGUUCUUCAAAAAAUAGCAGAAAUUGCUCAAACUUAUCAUGAUACUAGUUAUUCUAAUAAUAAUAUGCAAUGUAAGUUUGUAAAAGCGCCUGAUACAAUAUGUCUCAUUGAUAGUUUUACAGAUGUAGCAUAUAGUUUGCUAGUACAUAAGCCUAUAUUAAUGCAAGGAUAA